CGGCCGGGGGCGGCGCGCGGGGGCGGUGCGUGGCGCCAUGCUCGGCGGAGCGUCCCUGCCCGGCGGGGCCGCGGCGGCGGGGCUGCCGGCAUGGCGUCCGGGCCGCGCUGCCCGGUGUGCGCCGAGCCCUGCGUGUCGCCGCGGCUGCUGCCCUGCCUGCACUCGCUGUGCGCGCCCUGCCUGCGGCGGCUUGGGCCGCUGGGGGAACCGGGCCGGGCCGCCGCCCGCAGCGUCCUCUGCCCGGUGUGCGACGCUGAGGUGGCGCUGCCGCCCGGCGGCGUCGGUCAGCUCACCCCCGACUACUUGGCGCUGGGCCGCGGCGGGGCGGCGGCGGCGGCGUGCGACCUCUGCGUCGACGGGGCGGCUGUGAGGCGGUGCCUGACGUGCGGGACCGACCUCUGCCUCUUCUGCUGCCAGGCGCACAGGAGACAGAAGAAGACAGCCUCUCAUGCUGUGACAGAGUUGGAGAACACCAAGGACUGCAGCCAGGCUGGGAAGCCUCUCUUCUGCCCUUCUCAUCCCACAGAGGAGUUAAGGCUGUUCUGUGAGCAGUGUGACCAGCCUGUGUGCCGGGAUUGCGUUGCAGACAGACACCGGCAGCACCCCUGUGACUUCACUGGCAAUGCCAUUCACAGGCAUGGGGAUGCCCUGCGGGAGCUGCUGAAAAGCACCCAGCAGCACAUGGUCACCCUAGAGGGUGUGCUCAGCCAGAUUGAUGACAUGGGCAGUGCCAUCCGCAGUCGUGCAGACGCUGUGGCCGCAGAAAUCUGUCUGUUUGCCACUGGCUAUGUGAAAGCAAUUGAAGAGCACCGGGACCAGUUGCUGAAGCAGCUGGAGGACUUGAAGGUGCAGAAGGAAAACAUGCUGCUCUUGCAGAAGGCCCAGCUGCAGCAGCUGCUGCUGGACAUGAGGACCGGUGUGGAGUUCACGGAGCGCUUGCUGAUGAGCGGCUCAGACCUGGAGAUCCUCAUCACCAAAGGGGUGGUGGGGAGCCGGCUGGCAAAGCUGAACAGCGUUGCUUACAACACCCAGCCCAGCGUGGACGAUGGGAUCCAGUUCUCUCCCCAGGAGAGAGCAGGGCAGUGUUGCGGCUAUGAAGUUUUUGGGGUCAUUCUCAAUAAAGUGGUUGAUCCAGCUAGAUGUACCCUGCAUGGGGAAGGUCUUCAAAGUGCCCGUCAGAACAAGCUGACUGGCUUUACCCUCCUCUGCAAUGACGCCACGGGGGAGCAGAUGGGGCGAGGAGGAGAGGCUGUGAGGGUCACCAUCACCCACAAGGACAAGAGGGACUGCGCAGUCAUGCCAACAGUGUGUGAUAACGGUGAUGGGACCUACCGUAUUUCCUACAGCCCUGAGGAGCCAGGCUUGUAUGCUGUCUGCGUCUACGUGAAAGGGCAACAUGUACAGGGCUCUCCGUUCACUCUGAUGGUGAAAAACAAGUUCCGUGAGCACCCAGGUGUGUUUCACUGCUGCACAUUCUGCUCAAGCGGAGGGCAGAAAGCUGCUCGCUGUGCCUGUGGUGGGACAAUGCCAGGUGGCUACCAAGGCUGUGGCCAUGGACACAAAGGUCACCCUGGCUGCCACCACUGGUCAUGCUGUGGACAAGUGAAGGAGAGCUCAGAGUGUUUGGGUGGGCCAGCCAGCAACAACUCACAGAGGAGUUUUCUCAGGACAGUGACGCUCUGAGCAGCCAGGUGAGCUUCUGCAAGCUCAGGGCGCUGCUGCUCACUGCUGUGUGAGCACAAACCACAAGGAUCCCUGCGAUCACUGCAUAGCCUCGCUGCCAGAAUCCAACAUCGUGAUGGGUAUGAGCUGAGAAAGGGGGUUGAGGGAAAAUAAAAUUGUGCCUUAUAUUUCA